CCCGCUGCGGCCCCGCCGACGGUCGGGCCACCUCGUCCUGCGCCGCCUCGGCUGCCUCCUUCCCCUCGGCUGCCUCCUUCCCCUCGGCUGCCUCCUUCCCCUCCUCCUGUGGCAGGCUCCGGGCAGAGCCAUGAGGCGCGCGGGGCUGGGUGAGGGAGCCCCUGCAGGUAACUAUGGCUAUACCAGCAGUGGAUACAGUGUUUAUGAAGAAGAGAAUGACAGGUUAACAGAAAGUCUGCGUACGAAAGUCAGCGCCAUUAAAUCCCUUUCCAUUGAAAUUGGAACAGAAGUUAAAAACCAAAAUAAAAUGUUAUCAGAAAUGGAGAAUGAUUUCGACUCUACAGGUGGACUUUUAGGUGCAACUAUGGGCAGACUAAGAACACUUUCCAGAGGAAGCCAGACAAAGCUGUUAUGUUAUAUGAUGCUCUUUUCAUUGUUUGUUUUUUUUGUAAUAUACUGGGUUAUUAAACUGAGGUGAUGCAUGGUA